AUGAAGUUGAUACGCCAAAAGAUUCAGACAGCUCAGAGCCGUCAAAAGAGCUAUGUAGAUAAUCGAAGGAAGAAUUUAGAAUUUGUAGUUGGAGAUCAAGUUUUCCUUAAGAUCACUCCUCUAAAAGUGAGUUUGAUGGCAGGAAAAGGAAAGAAGUUGCAACCUAGAUUUGUAGGAUCUUAUAAGAUUAUUCAACGUGUGGGAAAUGUGGCUUACAAGUUGAAACUGCUACCAAGUUGGUUUCGAAUUCAUAAUGUUUUCCAUGUGUCUAUGUUCAAGAAGUAUCAUCCAGAUCCCUCCCAUGUACUGCAACCAGAAAAUAUUAAGAUCGACGAGGCAUUGACUUAUGAGGAAAAACCAGUGAAGCUUCUAGAUCGUAAAGUGAAGGAACUAAGGAAUAAGCGAAUCCCUCUAGUAAAAGUUCUAUGA